ACACGCGUACCCACAUUCACACCAACAUGCACACCUACACUCAAAACAUUUUGAGUGUGUUUAUUUCACUUUAAAGUAAAACGAACAUCUUUCAUAUAAAAAUAGAAAUUUCUCAACAAUUCUAUUUCGUCUAGUACAUUGAAUUCAACAAAAGGACAGAUUUGUUCUAUAUUUUAAUCUACUUGACAAAAAUUCUCUUUUUUUAUCUGCAUAUGAAUGUUCAGACAGCGUGUGGGUGGAGUGGGGGGUGUGGGCGGGAUGUGGGUGUGGGUAUGGGAGUGUGGGUGUGGGAUCUUCUAAAUCACACCCCACUCCACAUCCACACCCUGAUAUUCUUUCAUUAUUACAAUCUCAUUUAACUACGUUUGAAUUACAAACAAUUAACAAUAAUUUUCUAUAUUUCUUGGAUCAUUGAUUAUAAAAAGAAAAUGAAUAUUUUCUUUCUAGGUAAUGAUUUACGGAUAUUUAAUCAUGAUUCUAACAAAUUUUAUCAUUUAUACCAAUUCGUCCAUUAUUAUAUUGUCUAUUUACACUUAAUCAAAAUCUAAUUCAAUCAAUCGAUAGUAAAGAACCAUAAUCUCUUUUUAUUUGUUUACUUUUAACAAUAAAAUGAUUAUUUUUCAUUAUUACCAUGUCUUUGUUCACCAUUAUUUAAUAUUCUUGUUAGUAUACCAUCUAUGCAACAAUUAAAUAAUAAUCGCCAACGAGUUAUGUUAAUAGAAAAAGCCUACGGACUUAUUUCAAACAGUUAUUCAUGUUUAACAUCAAAUAAAGAAUUUGAUCAAACAAUAUUAUAUAAUAAUCAUAUUCAUGCCUUGAUCGACGUAUUAAGAAUAUUAAUGGUUGAAUAA